AUGACUGACGCGUCUAAUACCGACGAAACUAUGUAUUAUUCAUUUCGAUUUGGUAAAACCAAUAAAGUCGUUCAACUUGAUCAACAACAAUUACAACAUUUUCCUUACCUCGUUGCCCUUGUCGAACGAUCACAAGAUUUCAUCUCAAGCAAAAACCAGAAUGAUGAAUAUGUCCUGGUUAGCAACAUUCGUUAUCGAUGGUUUAUGAUUAUUUUUCAAUCAGUCAUUCAACAACAACCAUCUAUUUUGUUCAGUAGACCUUCGGAAAAGUUAAGUGUUAUCGGUUUGCUCCAGUUGUAUGAGUAUUUAUGUAUCAAAUCACUUCCACUUCCUCGUUUCAAAGAUUGUAAAUUAGUUCAAACGCAUCCGGUUGAUGUCGACGAGGGAGAAAAGUAUGUGAAGUUUGUACGCGCUAAUGUUGGUGAAACGCGAAACUUAGCAGCUAAAUUUGUGAUGGCCGUCAGUAAAAAUGAAUAUGAUUUGAAUGAUGAGAAGACGAGAAAUCAGAUGUAUGUACUGAUUAUGGACAUUUUGUCGAAUCCGACGAUAUUCAAUAUUCAGUUUCGUUAUCAUACAUUGGUAAUCGUGAAAGUUUAUUGUUACUCAUCGUUUACGAAGAAACAAAAAGAAGAAAUGCCAACUGCAAAAGAGAUUAGUGAAAUCAAAAGAAGUGAUUACUUUGUUGGUGUAAACGAUGAUGAUCAAAGUCUUCCAGGGAGUUUUCGAAGCGAAUUCGCGUGGAGAGUUGUUCAUAUUUCGAAGGAUGAAUAUGACGCUAUUCAUUCACCUCCUGAUCGUUUAGGUUGCCGGAUAAACACAUAUCCUCUGAACUGGCGAGGGUGGCGUCUAGAUACAGACAAUGAGUGGUUUCCCGAUGCAAUUACUGAAUGGAUAGGACUGAGUCACCAUUGGGCGAUACGUUUUCACGACCUUAAUGGACUUUUUGUGAUUGAGAAUGAAACCCCGCUGAAUCGAUCGCACAGAAAACAGAAUAGGGAAGAAGAAGCUCAAUCAGCUCGAUCUGGACGCUUCAAUACUUUACCAAAACGACCAAAAGUGGACAAAUUCAAACAUCGAUCUGGUCCAAAAGCUCAAAAACAUCGUUGA